UUGAAGGCUGAGACCGGAAGCUUGUCUAAUGGCGUAACGUUACUUGACACCGGUCAGACUACAAAACAGUCUCAUCUUUCUUUCAGGAGGACAUCAGGCAUAUGAUGAGAUGCGUGUCGUGUUUUGAAAUAAAUCGUCUAUUUAAGAAUAGAUAAAAUGGGUAAAAAGGAUAAAGGAGAUCGGGACAAGAAGUCCAAGAAGCGUUUUUAUGAGGAAGAAGAAGAUGAAGAAGAGGUAGUGGGCAGCGAGUCUCAGGAGGCCAUACCUGCUGCUGCGGGGAAACAAGUGGAUGAGUCCAGCACAAAACUGGAUGAAUAUGGAGCUAAAGAUUAUCGUGUUCAGAUGCUGUUGAAGAAUGAUCACUCUUCACGCCCCCUCUGGGUGGCUCCAGAUGGACACAUCUUUCUGGAGGCCUUCUCACCAGUGUAUAAGUACGCCCAGGAUUUCAUGGUGGCCAUUGCAGAACCAGUGUGCCGGCCUAAUCAUAUUCAUGAGUACAAGCUGACGGCCUACUCCCUGUAUGCAGCGGUCAGUGUAGGGCUACAGACCUCUGAUAUUGUGGAGUACCUGCAGAAACUCAGCAAGACGUCGUUACCUGAUGGAAUCGUGCAGUUCAUUCAGCUCUGCACAGUGAGCUAUGGCAAAGUUAAACUGGUGCUCAAGCACAACAGGUACUUUGUUGAGAGUACCUUCCCUGAUGUGAUCCAGCGCCUUCUGCAGGACAACGUGAUCCGUGAAUGCCGUCUCCGCACUGCAGACGGAGCAGACACUGAGCUUAUUACUGAAGUCAUCUACAGCAAGUCAGCGAUUUCCAAGUCUAUUGAGGAAAAGGGAGGUACUUCCACCUCACAGCCCAGCGAUGGACCAACUACAUCCCAGCAGAUCCCUGAGGACAUCUUCAGCUACUAUGAGCAGAUGGAUAAAGAAGAGGAGGAGGAGGAAGAGACUCAGGCUGUGUCUUUUGAGAUUCGCCAGGAGAUGAUUGAAGAACUGCAGAAGCGUUGUAUUCAGCUGGAGUACCCCCUCUUAGCAGAGUAUGACUUUCGCAAUGAUACAGUCAACCCAGAUAUCAACAUAGACCUGAAGCCCACUGCUGUGUUGCGGCCCUACCAGGAGAAGAGUCUGCGCAAGAUGUUUGGGAAUGGACGUGCUCGCUCUGGGGUCAUCGUGCUGCCCUGCGGAGCGGGCAAAUCUCUGGUGGGCGUGACAGCAGCGUGCACGGUGCGUAAACGCUGCUUAGUGUUGGGGAACUCCUCGGUGUCAGUGGAGCAGUGGAAAGCUCAGUUCAAGAUGUGGUCCACUAUCGAUGACUCUCAGAUCUGCCGCUUCACUUCCGACGCCAAGGACAAGCCCAUCGGCUGCUCAGUGGCCAUCAGCACCUACUCUAUGCUGGGUCACACCACCAAGCGCUCCUGGGAGGCUGAGAGAGUCAUGGAGUGGAUGCGGAGCCAGGAGUGGGGACUCAUUAUCCUGGAUGAGGUGCACACUAUCCCCGCCAAGAUGUUCCGUCGUGUUCUGACCAUUGUCCAGGCACAUUGCAAAAUGGGACUCACUGCCACACUGGUCAGGGAAGAUGACAAGAUUGUGGACCUGAACUUCCUAAUUGGACCUAAGCUAUUUGAGGCGAACUGGAUGGAGUUACAGAACAACGGCUACAUUGCCAAAGUCCAGUGCGCAGAGGUGUGGUGCCCAAUGUCCCCGGAGUUUUACAGAGAGUAUGUGGCCAUCAAGACAAAGAAGCGCAUGCUGUUUUACACCAUGAACCCCAACAAGUUCCGCGUUUGCCAGUUUCUCAUUCGCUUCCACGAGCGGCGCAAUGACAAGAUCAUGGUCUUUGCUGACAACGUGUUUGCCUUAAAGGAAUACGCCAUUCGCCUCAACAAGCCUUACAUUUAUGGCCCAACCUCUCAAGGGGAACGAAUGCAGAUUUUACAGAACUUCAAACACAACCCCAAGAUCAACACCAUUUUCAUCUCCAAAGUUGGAGACACCUCAUUUGACUUGCCAGAAGCCAAUGUUCUGAUCCAGAUCUCUUCCCACGGUGGGUCACGCAGACAGGAGGCCCAGAGACUUGGCAGAGUCUUACGAGCCAAGAAAGGAAUGGUAGCAGAGGAGUACAAUGCCUACUUCUACUCACUGGUGUCCCAGGACACCCAGGAGAUGGCUUACUCCACCAAGAGGCAGAGGUUCCUGGUGGACCAGGGUUACAGCUUUAAGGUGAUCACAAAGUUGGCAGGUAUGGAGGAAGAGGACCUAAUGUUCUCCUCAAAAGAUGAGCAACAGCAGCUGCUUCAGAAGGUCCUCGCUGCUUCAGACCUGGAUGCUGAGGAGGAAGUGGUGGCAGGGGAGGUGGGCGGACGACCACAGUUCUCAAGACGAACGGGCACCAUGAGCUCCAUGUCAGGUGCAGAUGACACCGUCUACAUGGAAUAUCAGAGUCGAGGCAGCAAAGCUGCAUUAGGCAAAAACAUUCAUCCACUGUUCAAGCGCUUCAGAAAGUAGAUGCACUGACUCAAACCCUGGCACCUAAAGACCUACUCCGUUGCAGCAAGGUAACAGGACGUAGUUGGGGUGCAAUAAUGUCUACUGAGAUCGGAGAGUCCAUCUUGGUCUGGAGAAGAGAGCGAUGACUGAAUAUACCUUGAAACUGAAUAUGAUUAGGAGCAAAUGAUGAUAUGCUGUAACUUGCUUCCUCCUGGUAGCUGAUAGGAAUGAUAGUUGAAAUAACUUGUACAUCUAGUUAAGUACGUGAAUGACGGCAGCAGGGCUGAACAGCUCUGCGUGAUACAUUUGAAAGACUCAUCUCCAGCUCCCUCAAGCACCUACAUGGAAUGACAUUUACAGAUGACAUGCAACGCUAACAA